AUGUCGAACAAAUCCGACCAACGAUUAGCACUCUCGAACGAAGCCCGUCAUCCGAUCCUGGAUAUCGAAGAAACCCCAAGUUUGCAACUCGUCAUCAUCCUCAUCGCUAAAUGGCUCUUCCCAGAUUCUAUCAACGAUGGAACCAGGAGUAGACAAGUUGUGAGCGCUUGUGCCACAGCCUGGGAACAGUUGGCCACACACCACAAAGAAUGGUACAGGUUGUACACUAGGCCUGCGUUUAUGGCUAUUUACUUCAUCGUCGUCGUGUUUAACGAACAUGACCUGGAGGACGUGGAGCUUUGUGAGCCAUUCGAACAGUCUGCGGCAGAGGUGAUUGUGAGGACGUUUUCUCUGUUUUAUGUCAUCGCUUCCAAGUGGCAGCAGGAUACACAUGUCGCUCAUAUCACUAGAACCAAGUUCCUUUUUCGAAACGAGGAUCCACUGCACUGGUAUAAGCGAUGGGUCAUCGACCUGGAGCGCUAUGCCCUCCCCGUCCUCGACUAUAAUAUCGCUGUCAUGCCGAAGCAAUGGGAGACCUUUAUUGCCUACCUAUUCUUCGUGAUUCGUGACGAGUUCGGGGCUCUCCAUAAGCCUAAUUUGCCUACGCUUAUCUGUCUUCAGGGGUGUUCUGACUCGUCGAUUGCAGGUCAGAUUCCGAUCCCGGAGAGGCUUACCAUUGCAGAUCCUGAGGAAUUGAGGCAGGAAGUGGCUAAUGGGCGCAAGGUAAAUGUGGAGGCUAUCCCUGCGUUUAUCAGGGCGCUUUGCAGUGACAUUGCGCGGGUUAGAGAAGGGACCUGA